AUGGUCGCCGCGUCCGUCUCCGUCCUCCGCUCCACGGGUCAUCAAAACUUCAGGCAAAGGGUUACAUUGGCAGUGCUUUCCAAGACGUCAGUUGCCAUCACCGCUAUUCGAAGUAACGACUACAACGGGGACAAUUUUGGCAUAUCCGAUGCUGAAGUGUCAUUUCUGAAGCUCGUCCAGCUGGUCUGCCCGGGGACAUCAUUCGAUGUACUGCAAGGCGGGACUGGCGUCUUCCUGCGCCCCGGUCCUGAUGGAGUGGUCGGCGGCCGAUUUGAGCAUGUUUGUCCGCUCGAUAGGUCUGCUGGGUGGUUCAUCGAGCCGUUACUCGUACUGGGAAUGUUUGCGCGCGAGCCAUUGACCGUAUCCUUCACUGGUGUCACUAGCCACGGGCCUCAGUCUCUGUCCGUGGACACUAUCACCUCCGUCUGCCUUCCGAUGAUACGGAUGAUGGGCGGCAACGCAAAUGUGACAGUCAAGAGCCGCGGGGCGUUGAUGGCGCGCGGGGGCGUAGUGGAGAUGCAGACCUUCCCAUCAACGCUGCUAGCGUGCGAUAUCGUCGAUGAUGUGCCGAUAAGUUGCGUUACAGGCGUGGCGUACUCCUACGGCCUGCCAAUGUCGUUUCCAACUCAGGCAGCGGAUGCAGCCACUAGCCUACUGGGCCGCUACUUCCAGCAGAUGGACAUUGUAGUCGUGGCAGAAGACCAGCCAUCAGAGUCGACGACCUCUUCAAUGGCUGACGGAUCUGACGCCGUUAUGUCUGACCAUCACAUCACACGCAUCUUCUCUCACCCGUCACCCGACAACGUCGGCAUUCGUGCGUCCCGCUUGCUUCUGCAGGAGAUUCGGCAAGGUGGCUGCGUCGACAAGUCUGUGCAGAACUUUGUCUUGAUGCUACUGGCCUUGUCGUCACCGAACACGAACGAACAGCAACCCACCGCGGGCGCUCUGCGCAUCGGCGCUUUGGAGAAGGAAACUGUGACAUGCCUGCGCGAUUUGAAGGCAUUUUUGGAGGUCGAAUUUAAUGUGCAAAGCGACGCGAAGAGUCGAACGGUUGUGCUUAAGAAGGAAUGGACGGUCUAA